AUGGACAGGAUUACUCUGCUCCGUCUGCCUCCUUUAAUCUGGGGUGGGCUUCACGGGGGUCAUGGGAGCUUCACAGUGUUCAUGGUGUUCACGGUGGUCACGAUGUGCCUGUUGAUGGUUCUGAUCGUUGUCUCCUCCACCUCCUCCACACCUCCUCCACACCUCCUCCACACCUCCUCCACACCUCCUCCACACCUCCACCUCCUCCACACCUCCUCCACCUCCUCCACACCUCCUCCACCUCCUCCACACCUCCUCCACACCUCCUCCACCUCCUCCACACCUCCUCCAACCAACACCACCCAUUCUCUCACUUACUACAUUCACACCUAG